GGAUGCCGUGCGAUCACAUUCGUCAGCGAAAGAGCCAAUAACCUUCCUGGCCAUGUAUGUCAUUCGGGUCGCAUUCAAAAUGAAAAGCCUCUCGGUGCCUCUCUAUCUUCGAUUGUUUCUUUGCUCUACAGCAUAAUCGAUUAACGAGGACUAUCUACGAGUAAAUCAAGCGAUAACACCAAUCAUGCGGCUUUUCAUCAAAAGACAACACGCUGGUUUUUGUCACUGAUACAACUGAGAAGAUGCUUACUAUACGGGUGUAUUUUCUAGCGAUUGUUACUUGGAUGGGAGCGUUUCUAUUUGGCUACGACAUGGCCUUCAUCGGUACCUCCAUUGAAUUGCAUUCGUUUAAGAUAAACUUUGGACUAGAGCAUACGUCUAAAUCUAUCGAAGAUACGUUCGCGGCCAACAUUGUGUCUCUUUUACAGGCGGACUGCUUUUUCGGAUCUCUGAUGUCUGCCCUGGUGAGUGAUUUCUUUGGGCGUAGGUUUACCCUCACACUGGCAGGCCUGGCCUUUUGCACUGAAUCAGUUAUGCAAGUUGCCUCCUCUGGAAGGGAGGCAGUGAUGCUUGUGGGACGAUUCUUUUGUGGCCAUGUAAGUUGUCCCUCGGCUUGGUCUGAAUCGUAACCGCCGAUAACUCGAAUGGGAACGCAUGGGACAUUCUGGGGAAGAC